AUGGGAGAAUCGAUGCUGAGUGCCGAACAAUACGCCGAUUUGUACAAACAAAAGAAGUAUGAGUACACUGUACUUAUCAAAGAGGGACAACUCGUUUUUGAGAGGUCCGAUGCAGAUGCAGACGCUGAUGGACUUUCUAUGCUGCGCACGGUCGUGUACGAAGCGGGCUUGUUGUUGAAAGGAAAGAUGUGCCAAUUUGAGGAUCUGCUGAAUCGUUACUUUCGACCCAUCGAAAAGGAUCCUCAACCAGUCAUCAUCAAUGACCUUGCCGGUUGGUGGGAUUUGCUCGAACUUCUGUUCAAGAAAAUUGACGAAAGAAUUCUGGGGGCGAAAGAAGUGAUAAAGAAGAGCCGAAUGGAUUCGAACAAUAAUCAAGAAGCGCUGAAUGAAACAAGAAAUUCUCAACAUCGAAGGUCAAUCACGGAACUCAACACCGAAAGUCGGGCUUUUAAUGAACGUAUCAAGCAAAAAAUUGAAUGUGCGUAUAAAUUUCUUGAAUCUCUUAAUGGUUGU